UACAAGACUUUCGAAUUUACUGCAUUAGUGAUACUUUUAAUCAGUUGUCUGUGCAUUUAGUGAUCAUCAGAGAUUACCUUUAAUUUAAAUGGCGCUUCUCUUGAAUUAUUCAUAGUCGUUAUGCAGAAGAUGAUAUCGAAAGUUCCUAUUAAGCAAUUGAUCUAUGAGAGGUUCACAAAGGAAACUAAGAAAAUAUUCUAUUCAUUUGAAGUAACUGCAAAAAAGAAUUUCGUCCUUGAUACAUCUCAACUUCAUGUUAAUCCUUUAUUUAUCGACAUAACUUGGAUCUCUGAUUACAAUUUAAAGCAUGAAAGCAUCCUUUCAUCGCCAGCAUUUAUUUUAAAAAAGGAACUCGAGAAAAACUUCAAUGUAAUUAACACAAUUACUUGCUUUCGUCUGGAAGAUAAGCAUGUAGAUGAGCUAUUGAGUGACGAUGAUCCAGUUAAGAAUUUUGUUGUGAUUCGUGGAGAUAACAUCAGUGGAUCACAAAAGUUCAAAUAUGCUGGUGAUUUAGUUAAGGAACUUCGUCGUAGAACACAGCACAUUCAGGAUAAAGUAACAAUUAUGGGUGCUUGCUAUCCAAAUGUUCAUCCCGAAAUGACGGAUUAUAAAGCAGAUAUGAAGAAUUUAAAGAGAAAGGUUGAAGAAGGUGUGGAUGUCCUGUUGACGCAGUCAGUCUUUUGCUCAAAAAUAUUUUGUGAAUUUGUCAAGAAUUGCAGGAAGGAGGGAAUUAAUGUUCCAAUAAUUCCUGGCAUUUAUGUAGCUUAUACAUAUGAGGAAUUAAAAGCAAUUAUUAGAACUACUCAAGUAUCAGUUCCGACAGAAUUAGCACGACAAUUCAAAGAAGUCUCAAAAGAUCAAGAAAAGUUUCAAGAACUAAGCAUUAAUAGUACAAAAACAAUGAUUCGAGAAAUACAAGAUCAUUGUAUUGACCAUAUUCCUGGUUAUCAUUUCUUCUCUAUGAACAAUAUGACCAUGAUAAACAAGUUAUUAAAAGUCAUCAAUUUUUCUGAUGCUUCAUAAACAUGUGUCAUUUUGUCUUCGACUAAUUAUCAUUAGAAUUAAGCGAAAACGCAUGGUGAAGAAAGAAACGCUAACAAAUUAAUAAAAUAAAUGAGUAGCAAAGUCAUUUGGAUGUGAUCUUAAUGAUCAUUUUAACGUUUUAAUUGAAUCUUAAUUUUUAACGGUUUUGUAGAAUUCAAACUUAUUAACAGUUUUGUAGAAUUCAAACUUAUUAACGGUUUUGUAGAAUUCAAAACUUAUUAACGGUUUUGUAGAAUUUGAAUAUUUAACGGUUUCAUGAGUUCUUGUUAAAGAAUUUAAUUAAUGCAAUCUAGAAGCUAUAAAACAACAAUUGAUUGAUAUUAAGCCAAAGAGUCUCUAAUAA